AUGCUGGCGCUGCUGACGGCCGGCGUGGCGCUCGCCGUAGUCGCGGGAGGAGCCCAGGACAGUCCGAUACCUGGCAGUCGCUUCGUGUGCACCGCGUUGCCCCCCGAAGCGGCGGGCGCCGGCUGCCCGCUGCCCGCGAUGCCUAUGCAGGGCGGCACGCUGAGCCCCGAGGAGGAGCUGCGAGCCGCUGUGCUCCAGCUGCGCGAGACCGUCGUGCAGCAGAAGGAGACUCUGGGUGCCCAGCGCGAGGCCAUCCGUGAGCUCACCGGCAAGCUGGCCCGCUGUGAGGGGCUGGCAGGCGGCAAGGCGCGCGGCUCGGGGGCCACGGGCAAGGACACCAUGGGCGACCUGCCUCGGGACCCGGGUCACGUCGUGGAACAGCUCAGUCGCUCGCUGCAGACCCUCAAGGACCGCUUGGAGAGCCUCGAGCUCCAACUCCGCACGAACGUAUCUAAUGCCGGGCUGCCAAGCGACUUUCGGGAGGUGCUCCAGAGGAGGCUCGGGGAGCUGGAGAGGCAGCUGCUGCGCAAGGUGGCUGAGCUGGAGGAUGAGAAGUCCCUGCUCCACAACGAGACAUCGGCUCACCGGCAGAAGACAGAGAGUACAUUGAACGCGCUGCUGCAGAGGGUGACAGAGCUGGAGCGAGGCAACAGCGCUUUCAAGUCACCAGACGCGUUCAAAGUGUCCCUUCCUCUGCGCACGAACUACCUGUACGGCAAGAUCAAGAAGACACUGCCCGAGCUGUACGCCUUCACCAUCUGCCUGUGGCUGCGCUCCAGCGCCUCCCCGGGCAUCGGCACGCCGUUCUCCUACGCUGUGCCCGGGCAAGCCAAUGAGAUCGUGCUGAUAGAGUGGGGUAACAACCCCAUCGAGCUGCUCAUCAACGACAAGGUCGCGCAGCUGCCCUUGUUCGUCAGUGAUGGCAAGUGGCACCACAUCUGCAUCACCUGGACCACUCGAGACGGCAUGUGGGAAGCAUUCCAGGACGGGGAGAAGCUCGGAACUGGGGAGAACCUGGCACCCUGGCACCCCAUCAAGCCUGGGGGUGUGCUCAUCCUGGGGCAGGAGCAGGACACUGUGGGAGGCAGAUUUGAUGCCACACAGGCCUUUGUCGGAGAGCUUAGCCAGUUCAACAUAUGGGACCGUGUCCUCCGGGCACAAGAAAUCAUCAACAUCGCCAACUGCUCCACGAACAUGCCUGGGAACAUCAUCCCGUGGGUGGACAACAAUGUCGAUGUGUUUGGAGGGGCUUCCAAGUGGCCCGUGGAGACAUGUGAGGAGCGGCUCCUGGAUUUGUAG